AUGGCUAAUUCCGUCAAAAGUAAUAUAGACUCUUCUUCCGAUGAGAUUACUACUAUCAUCGUCGUUGAUGAUAAUAAUACCAAGGGUGCUACCGCCUCACAACCUAUUCAGAAACCUGGAAUCAAUUUAAAUGAUGAUUUCAAACCUCUUACUGAUUAUGAGGCCGAGAAAAGAUUAAUAACUUACGGCAAGAAUGUUAUUGCAGCGUAUCAACCUUUACGAUGGUAUACGGUGCUUUACAACUCGACUCUUCACCCUUUUAAUCUCAUCUUGAUUUGUCUCGCGAUUUUUGCCGGUGCUAUUCAGGAUUUUCGUACAUUAACAGUUUUAUUAUUCAUGGUUAUAUUAUCUGUCGGAAUCCGUUUCAUUCAAGAGUACAAGAGCGAAAUUGCGGCCCAGGGUCUCAAGAACAUGGUUAGCAACCGUGCUGCUGUUAUUCGUCUUUAUUCUCCACCUGAUCAUCGUGAUCCAACUUUUGAAGAUUUAGAAAAAAUGGAUCGUAAAGAAACAAAAGAAGAAGAAAUUCCACUAGACGAUGUAGUUCCUGGUGAUUGGAUCAAGCUUUCUGCCGGCGAUUUGGUUCCCGGUGACGUGCAAAUAAUUUCGUCAAAAGAUCUUUUCAUUUCUCAAGCCGCAUUAACAGGUGAAUCCAUUCCUGUUGAAAAAUUCAAAGUCGAUCAACAACAACCUCCCGUAAUACCUGAACCUGGUGAAAAUAUUAAAAUGGAUAAAACUGAACUUGAACGUCCUGAUUUUUGUUUCAUGGGAACUUCGGUUGUAAGUGGAACUGCUACUGCUAUUGUUCUCAAGACUGGUUCAAAUACUUUCUUUGGUGUUAUGGCAAAAUCCCUCGCUAGUAAGCGACCGACUAAUGCUUAUCAAACUAGCAUUCGUCGAAUUAGCUUCAUGUUUAUUGGAAUUAUGUUAGCAAUGAUGCCCCCAGUUUUAUUAUUACAAGGAUUUCGUAAUAAAGACUGGACUGCUGCUGUGAUAUUUGCUACCGCUGUUGCCGUUGGUUUAACUCCCGAAAUGCUG